GAAGAGUCCGAUCCAUUCACUUGUUAUCUACUCACCCUUGGUUCUUCCUCUCUCUCUUCCAAAUCUCCGAAUCCAGUGCUCCACCCGUCCAUCGAGCCCGGCUGAGGGACGGAGACGUCUUCGCCGCCGACGAGGCGGGUCCCGGCCUUGUCAGGUAAACCAUAUUCGUGAAAAACAGUAUUAAACAGCAAAUUGGCAGUGGACACCCUCAGCAACUGCACAACUCUUGUGGCCGAACGUGGAGUUCUUGGUUACGAGGUCCGUCAAAAAGCCCAAGAAAAAAAGUGAGGCAGAUCAAAUAACAAGCUUGAGUGCUUCUCUAUUCGAUAGAAGGUUCAGAGAGUGGAAAAAAAAAACAAAAAGCUCGAAGAAGGUCAGGAACAUAAGCUGAGGGAGCCAUGAUGUCCACUCUCUCAUUAUCUUCCCCACUCUUCCUGGCAGCUCCUCCCAAAGUUCAAGGUGUGAUUUCGUGUCGAGCGGCUUUAGCUAGUGCAUCAUGGAACUCUGUUAUGGUACAUGGUGGGAGGCAACGGCGUGCAACAAUAGUAAACGUGCUUGGAAGAAAGUCGAAGACCAGAGAGACUAUCGUCCCUGACCCUGACUAUCGAUUGCCAAUUGUUAUACUUGGGAUAGCUGGUGCAUUUGCAUAUGCAGACAAUCUUCUUGCUGCUGCACCUGUAGGCCUACUGGGGUGUCUUCUUUUGUUCCAGACUACUAGAGUACGAUUUGUCUUCGAUGAUGAGGCCCUGGAAGUGAAAGUGGGCGAUCAGUUAGAGGAGUCAGGUGAAAAUGUAUUUGUCGGUGGCAAGAAUCGUUGGAGGUACUCAACAUUUGUGAAUUGGGAACUGUGGUGGCCACAAUUUCCUAUCUUGGUUUAUUUCAAGGAGACCCAAACAAAACCCGAAGGGCAAAUUCAUUUCUUCCCUGUGAUUUUUAACGGCCGACAGCUUUAUGAUGCUAUGGUGGAGCGUGCUGGACCUUCGGAAACUAGCGGUCCUAAAUAGUGAGUGCUUCCCUCAGGGAGGCCAUGAGUUGGGCUCCAUGGAUCCUGUAGAUUUAGUUGAUACAUUUUAGAGGGACAAGACCUACUACUAUGAUGUACAAUAUUAGAACAUGCAAUUAACCUUUUAAGAAUGAUGUACACAGUAUAUAUACUCUGUACUUCUGUAUGACUAUGUAUAAAAAAGGCUGAUUUAAUGCAACACCAACACGGCAUAUUCCAAUCUAAGUCAA